CUGUGGUUUCAACAGAGAAAAUCAUUACUAGAAGACUUGUCAUUUGAGCAUGACCUUGCUAAGCGUUGUGGGAACCCUGCCACAGGCAAGUUCAAUUUCAAUUGGAUGACUAUUUUCUUCAUAUUGUUCCAACUACAUGCUCUCCGAUACCUUUAACCCCUGCGUGAGUAUCUCAUGGUUUCCUUCAGUCUUUAUGCCUUUCAUUUUGGCCAUUGGGUCCUUUGAUUGGUUUGUUUUGACUACUCAUUAGUUGGUUGAAGCUCGUCGAUAAUGAUCACGCCUGUGAAUGGCAUUCAUGGUCUCAUAUUUAGGACAGAAUGGAGUGCAUUAUUUAGUUCUUUGGCAAAGCAAUUACUCCUGAGCUGUAUUAACCAUAGUCAAUCCAGUUGGUCAAUUUACUAUCGAACGCAAAGGAAUCAAAAUGUUUAGGUUCGUUAUUUUGUGGAUUGUUGGCAUCGAAUUGUGCAUGGGUCUAACAUCGCUCAAGACAUCUCAAUUUUCCUUAAUGUCAAAGCAUUGUAACGGUUCAUGGGACGUCAAAGAGGAAACAAGCGUGGUAUCACCAAGACUUGAAUUGUAUUCAAGUUGUGUAUCUCAAUCACAAACCUGUGAUGCCAUUCUCGAGGAUAAAGAGAACAGCAGUAGCCAGAUGAUCCACUUUACGGAGAAGUUCAUAUGUUAUCCAGAAUUUUCAAAAAACGCUAAUGGGAUCCAUCUUCAGAUGGGCACCCAUAACUUAAGGGAGGUUAAAAAGAGAUUCUAUUUAGGUCUUCCCACUACAAAUCUGGCACAUUCAAUGGAUAGCUUGGCCAACAGUAGCCCUGUUGAGACCCUCACAAUCCCCUGGAUGCCUCGUUAUGAGCAAGGAGGAACUUUUGGUCCGGCCACAAAAUACAAGAACGGUUUUGUGUCUUGCCUUGGAUGGACUGUAAACUGCUAUUAUUGGCAUAUAGGCACAGAUUUCUGGGAUUCGUUUCCUUCACUACUUGAACCACAUGGUCAUGGCGGACUCGUAGUGGUCGAUAUUGGGCUCAUGGUAAUUGGGGGGACAUCUGGUAGUGCCCAAUAUACAGACAGUGUUGAGGUGUUCAGCGAAUAUCUCCAAAAAUGGGAACCUGGCGUUAAUCUCCCACAGAAAAUGUCUCGUCAUGCAACACAAGCUUUUGAUGAGAAGACGGUUAUUGUCAGUGGUGGCUGGGACGAUGUAACUUCAAUUUCCAAAGUCUACAAAUUUGUAACAGGAGAAUCACAAUGGACAAUUGUGCAGGAUCUCCCUUUUAGCAUCAUUCAUCAAUUCUCUGUUGUCGCUACUUUGCCAGACCUAGGAAGAGGCAUUCUUGCAGUUGCCGGGACGACUAACCCAAGCCCAAACCAUCAGCCCCACUACCAAGCUUAUUUUUGGAAUACCACCACCGGCACCUUUAUUGACGCUGACAAUUACGAUUUGCCCACCGAUUGUGACGUGUUUGAAGGUUCUAUGUUCCAAUUCGGACAAACGCUGAUUAUUUCUGCUUUCUAUGAAUCUACAAACAGAACCACUGCUCCUCUUAGCUCUAAAAUAGUGACCAAAGACUUGGCCAACCCAAACAGUUUGUGGAUAACUCACGAUGCGGUCGUUGAAAAGGGUCCACAAACACAACUUGCCUUUGAAAUUGAUGAAUAUAUUUUUAAUUGAUAAUAAAGGCACAACCACUUCUGUAUUGAUGUCAAGUUAUGAACAUUGCCCUUUGGGAAUUACUCUAUAUUUAGAAAGUUCACGCAUAGAUUACAUAAGCGAUGUCACAAGUCGAAUCCCAAAUCAAUAAUGCAUUUGAAGGUAAUGGAAGAAGCAAUACACCACCCAUCUUAACUCUAUUUGGAAUAAGUCUACAAUAUGUGUGAUGCAUGCAGUCCUGAAAAUUUAAACAGUCACGAAACUGAAAAAUAUUUACAGAAUAAGAAAUUUUAUGUCAUACGGCUUUUCCUUUGCUUCUUGAGAAAGUAAAGUUG